AGGUUAUAGUUGUGAGGGUGUGCACCUAUCAAUGUCAAUUGACUAGAUAGAUGGACACAUACAGUGUGUUCGUUGGGGUUUUAGUGCCUAACGUUAGGCGGUUAAAAAGGUUAACUGUCCAGAGGCAUUUUUUAGAUGUGUAAAAAAUCUGAAGUUCCUAAAUAUGCCUGGUAACUGUAUGUUAACCGUUAUAAAAUUGUGGCCACCCGGUAGCAAGGUACCCAUUGAUGCGCUGCAUUGUACUGUAAACUGGAAUGUUUUCAGUGCAGAUGACGUGCAUUGUUACCAUAUCAGUCACUAUGAACGCUCACUGAGGCGAACUGGGCUGUGACUCCAACGUCUCAUGUUUUGUUCCAGUGUUUGCACAAACAAUUAACAACUGCUGGAAAAAGACGCAUAAGUGUACCUGUAUCGGACCCGUAUGGUGAUAAAUCUGAUUUUUAAAUGUACCAACAAUGCCUCUCUUGUAUGCACACGUACUUUGCACCCAAAUCACGACCCGCAUUUGUUGUCAACGCAAGAAUCUGAGCGCCAGCUGAGGGUAUUAUUUACAGGUUUCCAUGGAUACGCCGCACAGGCCUCUGGGUAAUAAACAUGGCUACCUUUGGAAGAAAGUUUUGAAGAAACCGGAUAACCUCGCCGUUGUUUCCUUAGAUCUUUGUUGAUGCUUGAAGCGAUGUAGAUGUCUUUGUACUCGGAGACGUACAAGGCAUCGAAGGACCCGAUGAUGGCGGAAACGCGGACUGUAAGGGAGCAGGAGCUCCGUAGGCUGAUGGACAAUGUGCUCGACAAACACCGGGACGACAUCUUGACCAUCGCGAGCGGUCACCUCAACCACGACAAACUUUACAGGCCGCCCGAAAGAGCGACGCACCAGCCAUGGGUGAGCUCGGGCAAGCCGGGCCUCUCCCUACGGGAACCGAGCGUCAUCCCGAGGGGGCAGAAGGCUGUGCGAGUCCAGCGGGAGAAGCUCCGACAAAUGUCAGAAACAGCGCGGCAGUUCAGCAUGGGCACCGCGGGAAGUUUACCCGCCACAUCCCUGUUCCCCUCGCCUACCGGGGCCCACGCCUCCCGUGGCACCGGUGACAGGAGUCGGACAGUUCUCCCGUCCAUCGGGGAAAAGGACAGGAAAGACCAGGAACGCCUUACCCAGUCCUACCCGACUCAAAGCCGACAAACAUACAUCGAUGACAACGUGAGAGUCGAGGAGUUGAACAUGCCGGAGAUGCUACUCCACUCACCCAGAAGGCCAGCAGAACCCAAAACAAAAUCAGUAGACUUCGCACACAAGCUAAGAACUAUGAAGGAUCGUGCCUUUAUGCAGUCGUACCUAGCAGGGAUAACUAAGAAGGAGCAGUUCGACAGACUGAAGGAGUUUGAGAGUGACGUGAUGAGGAUGGGCGAUGCUAACGAGAGGAAAGUGUUGACCGGACAGAAAGCAGUGGACCAUCACGAGGCCAAGUUAAACGCAUUCCUUGAUGAGCUGGAUGCGCGAGGUGACUACAACCGUCUUCACCGUCUCCAGGCCCAUAGAGAAGUGUUGGAUGACUUGUGUGAGGAGUCUCCUGUAUUUGGAGACCUACUCAACAAAAUCAAGAAAGAGUAUGAUGCAUAUCUGUCUCACCUGCUGGAGUCCCAGAACCUGCAGCCCAGACUGCUGUAUGAACACCUGAGCACCAGCUCAGACAAAAGUCCUGUCCCACCAGGGGAGGUGGAGGAGGCCAUGCACCAGGUCAGGACACUGGAGCUGCAAGCUAAGGACCUUCUCAGCACCAAUGACAGGCUGAGAAAUGAACUUCAAGAGGCCAGAGAAAGUCUAGCAGCAGCUGAAGAAGAAGCAAAAGAACCGAAGUCCAAGCUGUUUGUGUUCAAAGAGAGCCCACCGAAGGAGAUAGAUGAACAGAUCAGGGAUCUGUAUGCAGAGGUUCUGGACAAUCUGGAUGAGAUGGAGGCCAUCAGACACAAUCUGCAGGAGGAGUUUGUACCUCUUCAGGUCUGUCAGAAUCUGGACCAUCAGCUCAAGGAGACAGAGAUUGACAUCCAGAGGAUACUAAAACAGAAUGAGUACUUGGAGAAGCAAGUGCAGGACUUGGAAGAUGAGCUAGAGGACCAUCUAGAGGGUGCAGAGGUACCACAAAGAGAUGCAAGGAAACUGUGGAGGAGCAUCAACAUAGACAAGGUUCUCAGCCUGAGCAAAAUGGAGUAUUAGCUGUUAAAACAGUAGAUUCUCUACACAAGUCUACAAAAUGAUGCCAAAAACUUCUACAAAAAGAAAUAUAUAUUUUGCUAGUUCAUUGCAGAAUGUUUGUAAAAUUUGGUCUCAAAUGUCAUUUGUAAAAGACCUUAGGCCAUGUUGAUUUGUUUAUAUUGGAUAACAUCCACGCAUCAAUCAUAAUUGUUCAUCCACCUCCUCCUAACAAAAAUAGUUUUAGACAAUAUUGUAAAUCAUACAAAGCAUCUGUAAAUAUUGAAAAAUAGAUAGUAAUGUCAAAUUCAAUUCAAAGUCAGCAGAAAA